GCUGGACCCGGCCCGGCCGAGCCUGCUCGUUACGGUGCGGCCAUGGCGGGGCUAGAGCCGCUGUACGCCUGGGCGCUGGCCGCCAUCUCCCGCCCGCAGGACGCGCUGAUCUGCGGCGUUCACUGGGAGCUGGUCCGGCACGGUUACCGCUGCCUCGGCGCCGGCGACCAGCCAGGUCCUGAUGAAAGGAAGUCUGAGCUGCUGCCCGCCGGCUGGGAAGCCAACAAGGAGGUGUAUACGCUGCGCUACAAGUCCACAGACGAUGCCCGUGAACUGCUGCUGAAGGCCAUCAUGGUGGAAGACAGUAUGAUCCUCAACGUCAUGGAUCGCAGUUCUCAGAAGGUCGCAGAUGUGACCUUGGCAGUGGCCGACUACAUCAACCCAGAGCACCUGGACGAUUUCCACAAGGUGUACAAGAACACCGAGGAGCUGAGGACAAGGAUUGCUUCAGGCAUCAUCGCUCCCCUUGGGCCCCCCACAGAAAAGGCCAAAAAGGAGCCGGAGGCUGAGAAGAAGGAUCCUGACUUGCACCGGGAUUACGACCCCCUCAGGGUCCCUCCCCGGCAGCCAGCAGGCACAAGAGCACCAUCUUGGCCUUCCCCCUUGAGCCCCUUCGCUGUUGGUGGGGAGGACCUGGACCCUCUUGGAGGUCGGAGUGGCGGAAUGAUCGUGGAUCCUCUCCGGUCUGGCUUCCCGCAGCCUGGCACUGACCCAUCGUCGGGCAUCCCAGGCCGGCUUCCCCCGGGAGCAGUUCCACCAGGCGCCAGAUUUGACCCCUUUGGCCCAUUAGGGGCUGGUAGAUCCAGGCCAGAUCCCGACCACCUUCCCCCUCCAGGCUAUGACGACAUGUUCAUGUGAGGAGUCACCCCAUGGCUGCGGCCAGAGCAGUCUCCUGGGAGGCCGGGGUACUUUCCCCACUUCAUUCCCCGUUUGGUGGACUUCAGUCUUUUCAGCAGCGUUUUUCUUCUCCCCACUCGGGGCCACCUUCCUGUGUCAGACCAGCUAUAAAGGUUUCCCUGUGUGCAGAACACAAGAGGAGGCAGUAGCUCUGUUUCUUUCCGUGCUCCUCUGAGGGUGCUUGGCCAUUUGCACCCAGCUGAAGUGGUCCUGCCCUGUGUGAGGCGGCAGCGUGGGGUGUAGCACGGUGCUCUGAGAAUGGCCCAGAUGCCAUGGGGUUUCCUCCUCUGCUUCUCCUGGGUGGCACCGCUUUUGCUCCUGGGGUUACAGAAGCAGUCGGUGCUGAGGAGGGAGCUGGCUUCUUGCCGCUCCUGUGCUGCAGUAGCCUGGCUGAAGGCGGCAGCUGGAGCAGGCUUCACAUGCAGAGAUGGUUUCUUUCUUGCUCUUUAUCCAAGUAAAGGUUGGAUUAGUGUGAGGGGCUAGAAGGGUCUCCAUGGGCAGACGCCUGGCAGUGGCUGAGAUCAGCUUCUGCGUGGCUAUGCCCACUGGCUUUAAAGAGCACCAACAGCAAAGCCUUUAACGUGCAUGAGAAGAGACAUAUAUUGAAUUCCUGGCCCCACUGUGCCCCCUUUCUCCCCAGCAGCCGUGUUGUUUUUCAUUCCUGGGGUGCAUGUGAAGCCCUGCAGGCAGCGUGGCGAGGGCUGCCCGCCGGGCACCACACAGGGCUGGAGUAGGACGGAGGGUGCUUGAUACCCGCACGACCUGAUGGGUUCAGCAUUGGCUCUCCAGGCACAGCGGAGCUGAGCCUGGCACUGAGCUGGGGCCCUUCUGGGAACGUGCAGAGGGGGCUCCGGUGUGGGAUUUGCUUUGCAGAAGAGGUUUAUAGGAACAUGUUACACUACUGUCAGUCCUGUUGCAUGAGGCUGGUGCAACUCUGCCUGGCUGAACUCUGCCAAACAGCUCGGGGAGGAUGGGAGAGAUCUGUGUGGCUCAGGCUCCUGUCCUCUUUCUGGAAACCUCCUCCCUUCCCCGCAGCUCCCCACAGGUCAGUUAAUUUUGAGGCCGCAGCUCGUCUGUCCUGUCAGGGAUUCAUACUAUUUUUUUCUUCUCGUGGUUUGAUUUCUUGGAAGGAUGUUCAUGAGAUCG